AUGUGGACCCCCGGGCUGCCCAGGCCCCGCAGGCAGCGGGCGGGCCGGAACCCCGCCCACCCAGGGCCCGCGGACGAUGUACAGGGAGAGGGCCCCUUGAGGGGCUGCUUGCUUGGGUGGCGGGCUGCAUUCGAACUCGGGAGCUUCGGGCUUCCUGCCCAUUCUCUGGGCCCACUGCACAGAAAGGACAAGGAGAACUCAGCCUGGACCCCGGCACCCCGGCUAGGCCGCCGCUGCAAACUGAGCAGCUCAGGUCAAUGGAGGACCGGCCCUGGCCGGUGUCGGGGGAGCGCUCCCGCCGAGCCCCAGUUCCCGUCUGCUCCCGAACACCGCCUGACGCUUCCGUCAGGACCGGGACCUCGUCCUGUGGAACCCCAGAGUGCCGCGGGCCUCGGGCCGCGUGUCUUGCCUCCGCCCUUGGGCCCGCGGCCCUUUAAGGAGGGGCGGGCAAGAUGCCGAAGUGGGCGUGGCCGCGGCGCGGCGGAAGCGGAAGUGUGUCGCGCGGGGCGGCGGAGGCGGCGACCGCGAGGGCGCGGAGCAGGCCCGGGCUUGGGUGGCGAACGCCCUUUUGCCUGCGACUGGCCGGGCUGUGACAAGAAGUUUGCGCGUUCGGAUGAGCUGGCCCGCCACCACCGGACGCACACGGGCGAGAAGCGCUUCCCCUGCCCGCUCUGCUCCAAGCGCUUCACCCGCAGCGACCACCUGACCAAGCAUGCCCGCCGCCACCCUGGCUUCCGGCCGGAACUGCUCCGGCGCCCUGGAGCCCGCAGCACCUCGCCCAGCGACUCCCUGCCCUGCAGCCUGGCGGGCAGUCCCGCACCCAGCCCGGCGCCCAGCCCCGCCCCCGCCGGCCUGUAGAGCCCCGGUCCUGUCCUGACCACCAGCAACCCGGGGACACACCUGCCAUCCAGGACCCUUGGCACGGUGGGCGGGGGAGGGUGCCCUGCCCUGCCCAGACAUCCGCGCACCCUGGGGGUGCCCCGUCCAGCCCCAGGGAGGGGCCGAGGCUGGCCCUGGGGCGUGUUUGUACAUAGCCAUCAUUGCUACCUUCCCAUCUCUGCAACAGGCCGGGGGGAGCAGCCCGGACCACCCCCUCUCCCCUCGGCCACUCCCUGCCUCCCCCAGGGGCGGGACUGGGGCUUCUGGGACUCACUGCCAGACCCGGCCUCGCGCCAGGUUGGUGUGAAGAGUGCAGACAGCCAUAGAUGAGACAGGGGUCCCUGCCGCCCCGCCUCAACCCACCUCUACCCCACUGUAAGCCAUUGGAGACGUUCAGGGAAACGGGGGUGCAGCCCGGCCGCCCCCGCUCGGGUACUCAACUCAGGUGUCCACAGACGGCCCUCGGGAGGGGCGGCCCAGCACCCCACACCUGGGGGGCCCGGCCGGGUGGAGAGAGGGACCCCAGUCUUGCUUUUGAGGUCUGGGGAGGGAGGGGGCCUGGAGUUCUUCCAAACAUUUCUACUGGCCCGGAUGGGGCGGGGAGGCGGAUGUCAGGAGCUGCCCGUGCCGCUUAUUUAUUGACCCCACAGUCCGCUGGGUGGGCGCGUGCGCGCGUGUGCGUGUGCGUGUGUGUGUGUGUGUGUGUGUGCGCGCGUGUGCGUGCGACCAUUAGACUGCGCCGGCCUCCAUUCCCCACGGGGCAGGGUCCCCGACUUCGGCCUUUGUGGCGACAGGCGACAAUCACUCUGGUGCAGGAGGGUAGCCACUGGGUGGAGCUCCCUCGGCCACCCCUGCAGGUGGAGGCCCAGAGCCGGGGGAUGCCGCGCCGGCCUGGCCUCUGCACACCCCCUCUUCCCCGGCCUGGAAGGGUGGGCUCCCGCUGGGACUGCAAGCGGGGCAGCUCUGCAGCCCCAGGAUAGCUCGUUUUUGGACCGGGUAGAAUAUUUUUUCAGGCGCCAAUCCCUUUCUGGGCCGAGGUGGGUGGCCCGUCGUCCUCAGGGGGGUGAGUGUGGGGGAGGGGUG